CGGCUUGUCCCGCCCUUCCUCGGCGUCUCGGGGGCUGCGCAGAGAGUGGCCCGCCUCCGCCUGCGCCGUACGGAGACUGCCUGCUCCGCUUGCCGCCUGCGGGCCCUGGGGCCCAGCCAUGGCCCUCCGCCUCGUUACUAGAGUGACGGCAUUCCCCCGUCGCCAUGGUGAUAGCACCUCUCCUUCCCCACCCCAUCACCAGGGUAACAGCAUUCCCCUGUCACCAUGGUGAUAGCACCUCUCCUUCCCCACCCCAUCACCAGGGUAACAGCAUUCCCCUGUCACCAUGGUGAUAGCACCUCUCCUUCCCCACCCCAUCACCAGGGUAACAGCAUUCCCCUGUCACCAUGGUGAUAGCACCUCUCCUUCCCCACCCCAUCACCAGGGUAACAGCAUUCCCCUGUCGCCAUGGUGAUAGCACCUCUCCUUCCCCACCCCAUCACCAGGGUAACAGCAUUCCCCUGUCGCCAUGGUGAUAGCACCUCUCCUUCCCCACCCCAUCACCAGGGUAACAGCAUUCCCCUGUCGCCAUGGUGAUAGCACCUCUCCUUCCCCACCCCAUCACCAGGGUAACAGCAUUCCCCUGUCGCCAUGGUGAUAGCACCUCUCCUUCCCCACCCCAUCACCGGGGUGACAGCAUUCCCCCAUUGCUAUGGUAAGAGCAGAUCCGGAGUGGCUGCUUGCACAGCCAAGAACUGAGGGGAUACAGUUGUUCAACAGUCCAGAUUGUACACCAGGGAAUGCUACACUCCCUAGAUCCUGGCACCGUAACUAGUUAUUUUUGUGCCCAGGGCAAAAUAUUAAUUAUGUGCCCCCUCUCCUUAGGCUAGCACAUGUGGCGCUCUUUACUUCUGAAGCUUAUUAUUUUUACUUAUUGAGACUAUGUGCCCCUGAUUAUGAUGCAGCCGCCCCACUUGCCCUGCCCUGGUUACAGCCCUGCAGGGUCCCAGAUCUUAGACUCCAACCUAAGGCCAUCUACAAAACAGUUUUACCACCCUCCUGGUCCAAGUCAGCUGUGGGCUGGCUGUGGGUGUUUAAUUGAUGGGUAGAUGUACCCUUAGAGGCAAUAUGAAACUCAUAACCCUCUUUAUUUGGUCUGAUUGCUAGAGAGGGAGAAAGAGCAACACUGUUAAUGUGAGUUUCAUGAACAUAGAUUCAUCAUCUCUCCUCAGACAGUUGUAUCUUCUUUAUUCUUUCUCUAGCUAUGUUUCCUCCUUGUUUCUUCCUAAUUCUACUCUGUUAAACUUCAGCAUGCUCUUAAGUAACCCACCUAACAGCAUAAUGGACAGAGAGCAAAUUGUAUGCCACCUAAUCCCCUUGUCCAUUGUGUUAAUGCCAGUUCUCCUUUCCUGACAUGCCUAAUAUUCUUUAUUCUUCUAGUACCUUGAAUGAUUUUUUUUGCACUUAACUGUGGUUCCUGUACCUUUACUCAUUGAUUUUUCAAAAUGGCUUUUUGAAAUCUGUAUUGAAUUCACAGAAGUUGUCAAUUACUACUGUCCUGCAGCACACUGCUGUUCUCAGCUUGCUGCCUUUGUACAAGCUCAGCCUGCCUUUGCCCAUCUGGCUCUCAUGCAGGUGCAGCCUAGCAGAUUAAUUGUCCUAACAAUGUGCCUUCUGUGAGAUGGGCACCCUGUUACAUCCCUCUGUUUACUUCUCUCCCUUGUGCAAAGUGACCAUUUUUUCCUAUCCUUUGUUUUCUGACUUUGAACCACUUAUUGAUCCAUGAGAGACCUUCAUUUUUAUCCCAUGACUACCUACAUUACUUAAGAGCAUUUGGUGUGGAGCUUCAUCAGAGACUUUCUGAAAGCCCAGUGCUACCACAGAGAGGAAGCUAUGGACUUUGGGGCUGCAAGGGAGGAGCUGACAGAGAAGUUCUGCUUCCAGAAGUUCAUUCCAUGAAACUGUUUCCCCUCCCCGUAGAUUGUUUGCUGUCAGGAAACGCUGAAGCUGAACACAAGGCUUUCAUUGCAGAUUUCUAUCAAAAGACCUAAAAUUAGUUGCAUCAGAAAGGAAGGAUGUAGGUGUAUCAUUAUUGCCUCUUUCCAGCCUGUAAUUGAGGAGACUGGCUUUCACGGCACAUCUGUAAGAAGCAGCUGCGUUACCGCCUUCCACAGAACAAAAGGCAAAUUGAAGAGGUCACCCUUUGCCAACCUCAGCAAGCUGGUAGGAUGACAGUGGAAGUGACUGUGGGGAAUGGCAGGUGUCACUCGGCUCACAGCUUCUCCUUUGCAGAGGGGCUCUUCGCACUGCCAAGUACACGCGGGGCUGCACCUGGUACCCGAGUGGAGCAUGCGCUUUAGAAGGAAGCUGCCAUCCCCACUUGUGCACAUACAUGCAUCUGUUUAGCGGCGCUAUUUGGACACGCCCGGCAAUGUAGAUACUGAUGUGCCCACGCCUGCUCCCUGAAAGAUGAUGGUUCGGCGAGGGCUGAGUGCCUGGCUCCCUCGGCUGGUCAUUCUGCUUUUGGUGCUUUGCUCUGCCGUGUCCGUUCUCUACAUGCUGGCCUGUACGCCGAAGGGCACUGAUGAGCAGCUUGCGUUCCCCUGGGCCAACAGCCCCACCGGAAAAGAGGGGUAUCAGGCCAUUCUGCAGGAGCGGGAGGAGCAGCACCGCAAUUACAUCAACAGCCUCAAAAAGCAAAUUGCGCAGCUGAAGGAUGAGCUGCAGGAACGGAGCGAGCAGUUGAAGAGCCUGCAGGACCACUACACGGACUCGCUGGGCCCAGGGCUGGAGCACAGCAACCCAGAGAAAACCCCCGCCGACCUGCUGCAGUUCUUGCGCUCCCAAAUCGACAGAGCUGAGGUGCACGCCGGCGCCAAGCUGCCCACGGAGUAUGCGGCUGUGCCCUUUGAGAGCUUCACCCUGCAGAAGGUGUAUCAGUUGGAGACGGGACUGACACGCCACCCCGAGGAGAAACCUGUGAGGAAGGACAAGCGGGACGAGCUGGUGGAGGCGAUUGAGCUGGCUCUGGAGACUUUAAACAGCCCGGACAGUGACAGCAACACAAACCAUCCCAUGUACGCAGCCUCAGACUUCAUCGAAGGUAUCUACCGAACGGAAAAAGAUAAAGGCACGCUGUAUGAGCUGACUUUCAAAGGAGACAGACCCCACACAUUCAGAAGAGUCGUUUUAUUCCGACCAUUUGGUCCCAUCAUGAAAGUGAAGAAUGAGAACCUCAACAUGGCCAACACGCUUAUUAACAUUGUAGUUCCAUUAGCCAAGAGAGCCGGCAAGUUUCGACAAUUUAUGCAAAAUUUCAGGGAAAUGGGCAUUGAGCAGGAUGGAAGAAUUCACCUCACUGUAGUUUACUUUGGAAAAGAACAAAUGAACGAAGUAAAAGCAAUCCUUGAAAACACCUCCAAAUCAGCUAACUUCAAGAAUUUCACCUUUAUCCAGCUGAAUGAAGAAUUUUCGAGAGGGAAAGGAUUGGACAUAGGUGCUCGUGUUUGGAAAGGAAGCAAUGUGGUUCUCUUUUUUUGCGAUGUCGAUAUAUACUUCACAGCCGAAUUCCUGAACACUUGUAGACUGAACACGCAGCCAGGGAAGAAAGUAUUUUACCCAGUUCUUUUCAGCCAGUAUAACCCAAGUAUAAUUUAUGGGCACCACAGUUCCAUCCCAUCCUUAGAGCACCAGCUGGUUAUAAAAAAGGAAACUGGAUUCUGGAGAGACUUUGGCUUUGGAAUGACAUGUCAGUACAGGUCCGAUUUUAUCAACAUAGGUGGCUUUGAUCUGGACAUCAAAGGCUGGGGUGGAGAAGAUGUACACCUCUACCGCAAAUACCUUCACAGCAACCUUAUCGUGGUCAGGACGCCUGUCCGGGGCCUCUUCCACCUCUGGCACGAAAAGCACUGCCCAGACGAGCUGAGCCCGGAGCAGUACAAGAUGUGCAUGCAAUCCAAAGCUAUGAAUGAGGCUUCUCAUGGCCAGCUGGGGAUGCUCGUCUUCAGGCAUGAGAUUGACGCUCACCUACGCAAACAAAAAACCAGCAGCAAAAAGCCAUGAAGCCAAACCCAAGAACUGGUUGGUUGUAUUUCCAAAAAGACUGUAGCUGCUCAAAGAGAAUAGGAGUGUGCACAAGCUGGAUCAGAAAAGCUGGAGCUGGCAGAAAAAGGAAGGCAAAAGGAAAUGCUCUCCCCUUUUCUUUCCUCCCUUAGCAGCUUUUGAAUAUGCCAUUUAGCUUGCUUUCCCGUGCUGGCUCGAGCCAGGGAGUUGGCGACAAAGGCAAGGUGAGAAGAAAGAUUUUAGAAACCAGGAGCUUGUGUUCAAUUCUUGUGCUGCCCUAAGAAAGGGUGUGUUGCAUUCCAUUGAAAUAUCCCCAGGUGGUGACAACACCUGCCUUGAUCCUGCAAAGACUUGUGUCCAUCUUUAAUGUACUCUAGUGGGGUUGCUCCCACACACAAGUGUUGGCAGGAUUGGGCUUAGCGUGACCUUUGUAUUCAAAAGGGAGGAAUGAUUUUAGGUGUCCACCUUGCCACACCUAAAUGGGGCCUGGUUUUCAAAAAGCACAGAGCACCUGCUCUUAAAAAAAAAAUAACCUCUUUAAAUGUGGCUUAAGGAGCACACCCAAAAUGAGUAGUUGCAUUUGAAAAUGUGGGCCAGUCUUGAGUAGACAGACACAGUCACAUUUAGUUUCAUAGACAGGAGCAUCUAGGACAAGGCUGUCUAGAAUCUAGAAAGAUAAAGAUCUACGUAAAAUAUGAAAUUCCAAAAUGCUAGAGCUGGUGUUAUACCCUACUCUCUACGUUAAACCAAAAAUGAAAAGCCAUAGCUUGGAAUUUUCUGCAGACUACUCUUACAACAUGUUUGGUUCUAGAGAAUGUUAAGUAUAUCUGGCUUGGUUUGUUUUACAGUCAACUUGUUUUGCAUGUGAGUUAUUUUGUGCAGAUGUAAAUUUCCUACUUCAGGCCUUAGUUAGAAAUAGCACAACUUUCCUGUAUGUUUUGAAAAUGGUUUGCAGUUUAGAUCAUAGAUCCAUAAAUAGAGCCAUUUCUCUCACCCGUGAGGUGCUUAUCCUGAAAUUGGCUAGCAGGCUGAAAUGCAUACCUUCUUUAUUGGAAGUAGUGUGACGAGAAUUCAUUUAUCAAAAGAAGAACAUGAGUACUGAAAUGAAGAACUUUUUUUUAUUCCACUAGAAAAAGGAACAUUAUCUGCAAUCCUGAUUUAAUGAAUGACUCUGAAUAACAAAUGCUGUAGAUACCAAAAUGAAGGGCCUCUUUGUGACUUGUUUAUACCAAAGUAUUCAGUAUAAACCAAAUCUAGCAUUUUACCCAGUGCAUAGUGGAGUCUGUAAGUGCUAUAAGAAAUAUUUCUAUGAAGGAUUAAUUGGAGCCUCUGAUACUCAGUGUUCCUAAGUGCUUCCCAGAAAUUGAUCUGCUUUUUAAGAGCUUUGUUUGAUAGUUGCCUCUAGCACUGUUCAGAUAUUUUAUUGAAACCAUAAACUAUUUUCUUUUAAUGCGGUUGUUUCUUUUGGCAUUUUAAUUUGUAUUAGCCAACAACAGAUGCAUGGGCUAAUGUUUGCUUUCCUCCUGUUUUCCUAUCAUUUCAUUGUUCAGUAGCUUCAAAUUCUUUCAAGCCAUUUGGGAUAUGAAUGGGGUUGUCACUAUUUGUGCAUUACCAUAAGGAAAGCCAGGGGAAGGAAGAAUGUCAGGCAGUACAGUAACAAUGAAUAAAAUAGGGUGUAUGUGGACAUCGGGUAGUAGGCAUACUGCCCCCUACCUUUGUGAAACAUUCUUUGGCAGAGGACACACACUGAAAACACCUUAUUGUAAGUACCUUCUUUUACUUGAUAUUCUAGAAGUUAUGCUCAACUUUUUAAAACUUGUUGGGUUCUGUGAGAUGAGACCAUCACCCACAGCUGUCAGCCUCUCGAGCUAAAGAGGCACUAUUCAAAUCUUUAGCCCUAGAAUCUCACCUGCCUUUAAAUGUGGGGUGGAGAAAUAUUGGUUGGAAGACUCUAGAUUCUAAAUAGCUAAUCUUAAAAAGGGGGGAGUGCUGUAAUUCUUAGGCCCUACAAAACUCUUUGAAAUUCUUCCCUUAUCAAAAGUGUGUGUAAGCAUGCUGAUACUGCAUGGCCAGACACACAAGACUCCUGCUUUCAAAUCUAUGAAGAUACGAUUGAUAAAUCCAUGCACUGAAUCAACAGGCUUAUUUAAAUCCCACCCCUUGUACACAGCAGCGGUCUCCCAGAAACUGACUCAAAACUAGGUGCAGUGUCUGAGUGCCUCAAGCGCCUGUUCCCCACUCCUCCCACCAUGUGAUUGGCCUGGCAUUCCUACCUUGCUUGUGCCCUGCACAAGCUUUAAUCCGUCCCUGCCCUGGCAUAACAUCUUCAUCCAGCCCCUUUCACACCGUGACAAGCAGAGCUUUCAACAACACUGCUGUAAUCCUUGGCCGCAGAAACCGUUUCAAUCACUCUGUUCUUUCCACAGUGGCUCACUGCCCCCUGAGCCCUGAAUUAAUGAUAAGGGAAGGAAGGGACCGUGCUGUUCUCUUGAAGCUGCGAUUAAUUACAAGCAGCUGGAAAGUACAGCUUGCCCCACUGGAGAAGUGAGAUAAAGCAAGAAUGGGAAAGGCACCCUUGUUAAUUACAGCCCUCCUACUGGGAAUGCCUGCUCUUGGUCUUCAGGGCCUGAACCACUGAGCCUUUCACCUAGGUUCACGACAGAACACACACUGAAUUGUGGGCUAAAUAAAUGGUCCACGAAUAGAGCCGGUGCUACAAGGAUCCACCUAGCCUCCCUGCAUCGAUGCUGUUACAUCACAUUGCUCUCAGCCUUGUGUGCUGCAGUGGGAGCUCUGUGAGGGGAAAAACCAUCUCAACAAGCUGGAGGCAGAACCCCUGUGCUAGACCAGGAGUGCACCUUACACAGGAAACCUCUGGUUACGGCUGUGAUUGUAUCACAGCAAAAGUAGGCGCGCAGUUCAUGGAACAGCUAGGGGGAGAAAAGCGUACAAAAUCAGGGAAUGGUGAUGACAACACGCAAUGAAACAAUUUAACAGUACAGUGUGACAGUGACCGCAGGAGUUUUACCUGUCAACGUAAACUAGUUUGAAUGUAGAGACGCACACUGUGCAAUUGUGGUUCAAACACACAUGAUGAAAAAGCUAUAGAAUAAAAAUAACUGAUUUUUUUUUUUUUUUAGUAACAGAUGAAAAUUGCAACAGUUUGCAAAAGGGCUGAGGUGUUACACAGGGACAGAUGGUUCUGCACAUUUUACAAGACGAGGCAGCAGGUUCGGCCCCCAUGCUCUUGCUAGGCAUUGCAGAGCUAUGACAGAGCUGGGAAUCUGGCCAUCAUGCUUCUCCUGAACUCGAAAAUGUCCUUGUUCCUCAAAAUUCUUGAAGAGCUCCACAGUGAGUCUGAUACCACUUCUGUGCUGGAAUACAGUCUUCAAACAGUGGUUUAUUUUAAACACCAUGGGCUCACCAACAUCAAGGUGUUUUGCUUUGUUUGGCUCAGUGGCCCUGCACUGAAGAGAAAGCAGCAGGUUGGUGAAAGCAGGAAUUAAGAGUCUGGCCAGAUAUGGUUUUCUUUUGAGCUUUCCAAGAGCGCUGGUUUUGCUAUUAGGUAUCGCCAAGUUUUAUGCCGCAAGACCAGGCAAAUCACUUCUGACAUGGACAUGGAUUGAGGGCUUGUCAUCAAGUUGUAAGCGUGUUCUUGAUUGGGGGGGCAAACUUUUCAAGCCUAGCAUGCUUCAGUAACAGCUGUGGCUUGGCAAAGAGCAACAGUCGCUUGAACAUCUGCUAUGACCCAAUGUAAUCCUCACUGUGUUCAUUGUGAUAAAACUCUUGGCAGGCAGGCUCCCCCUCUACCUUGUGGCAACUGAUUACACAGCAUCCAAGUGCUCAUUGUGAUCAUCUGAUUGGCCCUCCCGUUUAGCAGAGCAUGAAAACUUCACCCAGUCCUUCCUGCAUCAAGUCCAUCCUCUCUCUCAUUGCUGGGGUAAGGCAUCUUACUUUUAGAACAUCUUACCGUAAGUUGAAUAUUUUAUGUGAUGGAGAAUAGAAUCAAAAUCCACAGGGCACAGAAUAAAAGCGAAGUGUAGGAUGCUCUUUUCAGAAGUGACCUGAAGGCCUUUGUGUUGAUGGUUUUCUUAGGUUGUGCAGAACAACCCCAAGCCACAUGGAAGAGGAGAAAUGGACAGGUAAUUUAACCUGAAACUGGACUGAUUUUCAUUCACUACUCAGAUCACAGAGCUUGUAUGAGGUUGUCAUUUCGUGUAGUGGAAAGCAAUAACACAUCUGUUUUUCAUACCAUGCACCAUCAAUCCUGGCACUGACAUUAGGACGUAUUUUAGAAGCGCUUCGAAGCUGUUCCACGACCAGUGGUCCUUGCAAGCGGGGCACUUGUGCAGCUGCUCAGGAGCGAUUCAAAUGCUGCCCAGCUGAUUAGCAGAGAGCCCACAGCCAGGUUUUUGUUUCUACUGGUGGUGCACAUGCUUCAGUUCACAUAACAUUUAUUGCAUACACGGCUGGAAAAGAUUAGCGGGAACAUGGGCUUUGAUAUAUUUAUACCACAGCUCUCUGGGCCAAGCAAAGCUCAGCUGUUUACGUCAAAAAGUAGAAGGCCCAGCGCCGUUCAGCAUGAGCAGUUCUCUCUCAGACGUGCCUGUGUGUGAUUUGGGUGAGACGUGUGGACAGAACUUCAGCAAACAGUUGUUCCAUUAUGGAAAAGACUGGGCACUUUAUUUGCAGGCACCUCGCAUUGUUCGUGUCCACAUUCGACUUGUGUAAUAACUGAUGAACAGUAAAAGGUUUUACUGGAUAUGAAAUAGCCCAGGCUCUGUGGAUGCAAGAGUUAAAACGUCUCCACCAGAUUCCAGCUUGCUUUCUUUAACAAACCUGCUGUUUCCCUCCCAUCUCCAAAAGGUUUAUUUCUCCCCCGUGUGGAGAUAAGCCUCACCAAAGUCUUCUAGUCAGGGAUUAUGUCGCUGCAUGGGCUGCACUGGUCUUGUGCCGGCCCUUCUGCAUGGGGUGGAUUUUACAAUGGACCUGAUCCUGCAGCCCGUUGAGUGUCCACUAAUGCUAGAGGACUGAACUGCAAUUAUGCAACUUACCACUGGGGGAUCGGAUCAGCUCCUUGACCAGAGGCGACCCCGUCGAGUUUGAAAUACCAAUUUCACUGCACAGCUGGCAAACUUCCCACAACCUGGCAAUUGGGGUUGCAACAUCGGAGGGCAAAAUUCUGAUUGAGCUGCGAGAGCCCAGAGACAUUUACACAAACUGUUGCUGUAACACAUGGCAGCCUCUUCCUUCCCAGCAGGUCCUUUCCUUGGCUAGGGCUCCUCCAGCACUUGCUCGGCUGCUGAAUGCCGCUAAUA